AUGAGUUCUUAAAAGAUUACAGACUAUAAAAUACUUUAGGUAAUAACCAAAAAAUCAAAAGGAAAUGAGAAAACAAUAAAAAAAGGAAAUGAAAGUAACUCAUCAUAUGUCCCGAUGAGAAGUGUUAAACUCAUACCUCCUCAACAACCUUAAGAUAAUUAAUAAAAUGAUUUAACAAUAAUUCCUGAAGACAUCAGAGCAUGUUAUGAAGUUGCUCCAAUAAGUGUAAGUGAUGAAAGAAAACAAGCCUUAAUAGGAGAUUUCAAAUAAGAAAUUUGUUUCUCAACAUAAGACCCUAAAUUAUUAAAAAGAGCAAAUACAGAAAUCAAUUUUAAUGAUAUAUCCCUUUGCUUUUUAUAAUCAAUUAAGUUUUUCAAAUAAGAAAAAACUAGCAAGAAUUUAGGUAAACUCACUAACAAAUUACUAUAGGAUAAAAACAAAGGAAAUUAAAUAAACAUUUCAUAUUAAGUAGGAAAGAAUUUCAAAAUUAUGAAUUAUUUCAUCUAUCUUUUUUACAUUAACAACAUUUCCAUUUUGCUUUUGAAUUCCAUGUUUUGCUUACAUUAAAAUCAAAUUAAUAGUUUAUUUAUACAAAUUUUGUAAUUGAUUAUCUUAACAAUAAAUUGCAUUCAUAAUUGUACAAAAUAUAAAGAAGAUAUUUAUGAUAAAUUGUAAAUCAACAAAUAAAAAUACUUACAUAAUAUUAUAAUCAAUAUCUUUCAAAUUAUAUUCAUAGUUUUACUGACAUUAAUAAUAUAAUUUUAGGUUUAUUAAGAAUUAUUGAUUGUAUGUUUGAUAUUACUUAAUAUAAUAACAAUUCAGCAAAUGAGUUAAAUUUAAUAUAUGUGGGAAUAUGAAAAUAUUAUUAAACUCAUCUUAUUGGCAUUUUAAUAAUGUCACCUAUUUUGUUGUGUUUAUCUCCUUUUAACAACUGAAGAUUUUGCAUCUCUUAAUUUUAAUGAAUAAUUCCAUUAAUACUUAACUAUUUACUUAUAAUUCUUUAGUUAUUUAGUUGGCAUUGAUCUUUCAUAUUAAAAUAUUGAAUCGAGAAUUGAAAUAUUAGUAUUUAUUUUAUAUACAUGGAUAAUCUUUAUGAUAAUAAAAUAUCUAUUUAUAAUUUAACUUUAUUUACUUGUAUAGGUGUAGAAGACAACUUUUAAAGAUAAAAAGAAUAUGAUUGAUUUUUUGGAUUUUUUAAAAUCCUUAAAAAUUAAUACCUCAAAAGUUAGAAAACUGUUUAAUCAAAUUUAAUAAUAACAUAUUUAACAAAGAUCAAUUGCAAAGAUUAAGAACAUAAAUUAUUUGAUAAAUUUUUAUGGAAUUAAGGAAUCAUUAAGAUAAUAGAUAAUUUAUUAAGAUAAAAUACAACAUUUGAAAUACUUUAAUUUAUUUAAUUAAUUAUCAAGAUAAAGUUUAAGUAAUUUAACAAAUGUUAUUGAAAUUUAAUAUUAUAGAAAUGAAGAAAUAAUAAUUAAUUAAGAUUAAUUGGAUGAUUGUUCUAUAUAUAUAAUUAAAAAUGGAUAAGUGGAAAUUAAUUUUAAAAAUUCACAAAAUAGUAUUGUUGGUGUUAAAAUAUUGAGUGAUCAUGAAUGUUUUGGUUAAAUAGCAUUUUUAACUGGUCUACCUAGAUGUGCUACAGUGAGAAGUAUAGGAGAAUCCUGUAUUUUUAAACUUAAUAGAGUAAAUUUCUUGGCUACAAUAAAUAAUAACAAUUAUGAUAAAGUAUUUAUCAAUUAAAUAAUGGUAGGAACUUAUUAACAAAAUUACAAAUGAAAUAAUUUUCUCAAAUUAAUUUGAAAUUCUUGGAAUUCAUUGUUAUAAUUGUUAAUCAUAAAAUCAUUUGAUAUAGAACUGUCCAUAAUUACAUUUAGAAGUAAAGAAAGAAUAAGUGAUUUUGGAUAUAUUGGCACCUUCUGAGUAAAAAAGACAUAAAUGUAUUUAUGCGAAUUAAAUAAGUUAAAAGGAGAGAUAGUAAAAGUGGAAAUACAAGAUUCAGUGCAUUAAAUAUUUAAGUGAAAUGUUAAGAGUUUUAAGAGGAUUAAGGUUAUGCAUCCUCUUUGGGAGAGACAGAUCAUACAAAUUAUUAAUAGAAUUAAUCUCAUUAUACUAUAACAUAAUCUUCAAUUAAUUAUCCAUCAAAAAUAUUAGUAGGUUAAAAAUUAUCAUUAAGACCAUCUACACUUGAAAAUGUAUAAGGAUUAGAGCCAUAAGAAUCUUUAAAAGAAUAAUAAUUUAGAGAAAUUGAUUAAAUAUUUAUUAGAGCUGGUAAUCCAAAAGCUACUACUUCUACAGCAGGAUUUGGUUAUAAAGAAUAAACUUCUUAAAAAAGUCCACAAACAGAAAAUGUUAAUAAUACUAUAGAUGAAUAAUAAAUUGAAGAUUCAAGUAAUGAAAGUUCAUCAUUUUCUGAUGAUUAAGUUUCUGGUACUUCAAGAUAAACAUUAGAUUAAAAAUUAAGACCAAUGAAAUAAAGUAAUAAUAGAUCUGAAAAGUAUUCUCAAUAUAGAAGUGGUGUAAGUAGUAUUUCAAUGAAUAAUACUCCAAAACAUUCUUAGUUAUCAAUUUUAAAUACUUUCACAUUAAAAUCAGAUAUGAAUAACAAUUUUCAAUAAAGUGGAGGAACCAAUCAUGGUUCACAAAAAAUAAUUAGUCCAUUACAUUUGAGAGAAAAAGAAGAUAGAUAAAAUACAUUAACAAUACCAGGAGGUAAUAAUACAUUAUAAGUUCCAUCUAAAAAAAGUUUAAUAAAUCCAAUAUCUUAAUUAAAUUAUGAGAUGUCUCCUUUUGUUGCAUUUCCUCAACAUGUAAAAUAUCAUAUUUAAUAAAGCAUCCUGCAAUUUAUAAUGAAUUAUAAUGGAGUCCUAUAGAGAUUGAUAAAUAUGAAAUUUACAAAAUAUUUUAUCCAAAAUACAAUAUUGAUGUAGUUUUAGAGAGUUAUCAUAAAGAAAAUGCUUAAAAGUAGAAGUCAAAUAUUAAAGAGUUAUUUAAAUUAAAUACUUUUUGA